AUGGAGACCUACAACGGUCAUGUGCGCACACCCAACGAUGCGAUCAUAUUAUUUGAGGCUUGUCGGCUAGGGUUACUACCUCGUGUGCAGCGACGACUCUCUGAGAAGGAAAGACAAUCCAUCAGAUCUGGUUCAGUAUUCGUCUGGGAUGAGCGGGAAGCUGGCAUGAGGAGGUGGACCGACGGGAAGAGCUGGAGUGCAAGUCGGGUAUCAGGAAGCUUCCUCACGUAUCGUGAAAUGGAGGGCAAGCGUGGUGGAAACAACUUUGUUCAACCAGUGAACGGCAGUAGUCAACCUGGAAAUAGGACACCUGAAGAUGCAGAUGACGCAGCAGAUGGCGAGGAAGGUCCUGAUGGAUAUCGUUACAAGCCAGACGGUCUGAUGAAGCAGUCUUUCAGCUUGACAACCUCAACCGGCCAACAUUUACAUUUGAUAAGCUACUUCUCUCGAGCACAACCUACUGCUCAGGUCCUGAGACAACCUAGCAACGAUCCGACCUUGACACAAAUUCAGAUACCGAAGGGCAUGUACCCAGAGUCAACAGUAGCCGAUGCUUCGAAUACUCCUGCCGUAACACGCUCGCCUAUGCCAGGAGCACCCAACUAUGUCAUGGCGACUGGCGCUGGCUUCCAUCGAGCUACUCCUGCUCCUCCACCCGCCUUCCUGCCGGGGUACAUCCCACAUCCUGGCUAUGUCUACCCACUCAGUCCAUUGCAUACUCCACCGGGUCAUUUUCCAAUACACUAUGCACAUUUACCUCCAGGCUACUAUCACCCUGCGGCAUUUGGUGCGCCAGUCCACCACCCACCACCACACCACCUCAUCAAUGGCGCCCCGCCGUCGUCCUACGACCAGCGGCCACAGCUGAGGGGGCCGAUGCCGCUGCCUCACAGCCCGCACGAACAUCCAUACGCCAUGCACAACCGUAUGCCUCAGGUCGUGCCCCCUUAUCACUCUCAAGACAAGAUUCCAACUACCAACACUCAAGCCUAUCCAAUCACACCAGGCCCCGAACGUUCAUCGUCUGUGCAGAUCGACCCACGUCUGACAGACAGUCAAGGCCACCCUACUACUCAGUCUCAACCGCCUACAAACGGAACAGCCCCUUCACCGAAACAAUAUCAGCUACAGCCUCAACCGCUUCACCAUCAACAACAUCCUCAUCAUCAAUAUCAACAAAGCGAUCCUCAAUCAAGUCUAUCACUCGCAGCACCUUCCAUCACGUCUCUCGUCAACGCCGCUGCUCAAGCUUCCCCACUUCCCACGAACUCAAAACCAGCAGACACGAAUGGCAACAGCGACACUGACCGAGCAGGCAGUGUAAGUCCAGGCGGCACACGAACCGUUCCACCCCAGGAUAUUCCGAGCGAAAAGCUGGGAUUUAGAGAAGACAAAAUGGCUCUCAGUAAGCUUGACCGGGUAUUUGCGAGGGUGUGA